CAACGACACCUCCACAACAAGGCUGCAGUCUCAUCCUUAUUGUUAUCACAGCAGUUCACCUCACCGCACGAGGUAGGUUCAUGAUCCGGGAGAACCAAAUGCUUCACACCAAUUUGCUUCAGAGACUGUGACGAUGUUACCCUUUAUUUUCACGGCACAGCUUACAUUUGAUCUAACAGCUGGAGCUAUACGGAUGUCCUUUUCGCCCCAAUGUCUCCAAUCCAUCCCCGAGCGAGAAGUAUCGUGGAUAUGCGGGAGGAGGCUAUAUGGUACUAACUUAGAUGGCGGUGGGCCUGGGAUGAACGCGGCUUUAGCAGAGUUCUGGACAUCAGGCUCUGUGGUGUCCCUUACUUGAAGGACUGGUUACCUAGGUACCUACCUAUGCUGAUGGGGUUCAAUGGCUUCCUUGCGUAAGUCAGGAAACAGGUGGUUAGCUCUAGGCACAUAUGACUGGGCCGUCGACAUCGAGCAGUGGGAGCAGUGGGAGCAGUGGGAGCAGUGG